AGUUGUAUCCCUAAUUUUCCGCCCACUAACACUUCCACGUUCAAGAGCUUUAAUAUCCCAGACAUGGAAUUAUUUAUCCAACAGAUCAAGCUAGAGUAAUUUCUCAAGGUUAUUCUCAUAUAUGGGCUGAUAGAUCCAUAUAUAGAAUUAUGGAUUUGCAGGGGUUAGUCUCCAACAUGAAAGAAAGAGCUUUCCGCCAAUGGAGUUUCAAAUUGUCUCCUAAUCUCAAUUUGUAUCAUAAUCAACUCAUUUUAUGCCAUUUACAAGACAUGAUAUCCUGAGAAUAACAAGAAGAAAAGAGAGAACAACAACGGUUAGUCAUUUUUACUUAAUGCAAUCCAAUCUUUUGACGAUGAGUGAUGCAAUUUCCAGCAACUACGAAAUUGAGAUGAUGGAGAUCAGAGACAAGGGACCUCCACCGGGAGAUCCACCGGAUACCCCUGGAACAUGGGUAAGGAAGGCGACAGGGGGUCUGAGUGGAGAUAGGCCUUCUCCGGAGGGGGUUAUACCGGAUGACUAUGUAACAGAGAGGUUGCGUGUGGAGUUUCCGGAUGGGCAUCAUGGAGAACCGGUGAUCACCAUUCAUAAUGAUGUUCUGGUUGCCAUGAAUGGACUGUGGAAGCAGUAUAUGAUUGUCAAGGUGCUGGGUCAAAAUGUUCCGCUCCCAGUUCUAAGCAGGAAGUUUUGGGAACUGUGGAAACUGCGAGGAGGGAUGACUGUUCUCGAUCUUCCGAGACAGUUUUUCAUUAUUCGUUUUGAAGUUGAGGAGGAGUAUAUGGCGGCUGUCAUAGGGGGACCAUGGAAAGCGUUUGGUAGUUACCUCAUGGUGCAAGCAUGGUCGCCGUCCUUUGAUCCACUAACGGACGAUAUUUUUACCACGCCGGUUUGGAAUAGGUUGUCUCAUAUUCCGUUCAAUCUCUAUCAUAGAUCUAUCCUUCUGGGAAUAGCUGGUAGUCUUGGGAAACCGAUCAGAAUAGAUCCGAUGACCCUGAAUGUUGAGAGAGCACGUUUUGCUCGCAUAUGUGUGGAGGUUGAUUUGAGGAAUCCGUUGAAGAUGUCAGUGGUCAUUAAUGGUGAGCGUUAUUUCGUAAUGUAUGAAGGCUUAACCAAUACUUGUUCUGGUUGUGGGGUAUAUGGACAUUUGGUCCAUGGAUGCCCGCAGAGAGAACCAGAGAAGGAGGUGGUCGCAGUUUCCCCUUCGGUGGUAAGGCGGUCUAGUGGGAGAGAUAAGGACGAGGAUGGGUUCACGGUGGUGCGUCGAUCGGGAAAUCGGUCGGAGAAGAAGAACAAGCGAGUUUCCUUUUCAGCAGGCAAUUUGGGAGGAGGUUUUGGCAGGAAUCUGCAGGAGAUCCCAACAGUUAAGGAAAGUGCAAGAAUUACGGUCUGAAACAGUUUUGACGGGAUAGGGGAAAAUAUUUCUUUGCUACCAAUAAGGGAAGGAGUUGGAUCUCGGGGGGAGAAUAAGGAAAAAAAAUAUGUUCAGUUGCCCCAUAAUAAUGGCAAGAUAAUAUUUAGCGUGAAGCAGGGGGAUUCGAACAGGGGAAUUGCUAAGGCAGGUAAUGGCGCGAGAGAAGGUUUAAAAGAUAAACGGGCCAGAGUCAGAAAGCCUAGUGGUGCAAAUGGGCCGGGAUCCAUAAUUAAUCGGCCUGCCAGAGGUUUAAUUUUUGGCCCAGUUCAGGAGGAGACCCGUUUGUCUACCUCGGGUAAACGUCCCCGAGUCGAGAGUGAUGGUGCUAGUCGAAAGGAUGGAAUACCAAAUAUCAGGAGUGGAGAUUCCGAUGAAUCGACUCCGAUUGAGACUUCUGACGGAGCGGAUACUUAGAGACCGUUUCAAUUGGAGAUGGGUUUGAAUCUGGGGCAAGGGGAUUCUGUUGACCGUUGGGUCUCAUCAGACGGGGAUGUAGAGUUGAGGGUUGAUUAACGGUUGGCCUCAGUAGUUCAAUCAUUCCUAUUUGUAAUCUUGAUGAUGAAUAUUCGGAUUUGGAACUGCCAGGGGCGAAUAAACCCAAUUUUGGAAGAUUUAUACGGUAUAUGUUGAAGAAGUUCAAGACCGAUAUCUUAGCUUUGUUCGAGACGCAUGCGGGAGGAGAUAGAGCGGGAAGAAUCUGUCAGGGGUUGGGAUUUGAUAAUUCAUUCCGGGUGGAUGCGGUGGGUCAAAUUGGUGGACUUUGGUUACUUUGGCGUUCGGGGGUUGGUCCGGUUAAGGUUGUGGAAGCUACGAAUCAGUUUAUCUACUCAACAGUGGGGGAGGGUACUGAUAUUAUGCAUCUGGUGGUGGUAUAUGCUGCUCCAACGGUUAGUAGGCGUAGUGGAUUGUUGGAUAAACUGAGGGAGAGGCUACACGGGAUUUUGGACCCGAUUGUUUUUGGAGGCGACUUCAACACAAUUAUGCGCUUAGAUGAGAGGACAGGCGGUAACGGGAGGUUGUCUGGACUCAUUAGCGUUUGGAAAAUGGGUAAAUGCGUCUUCCCUUAUUAACAUGGGGUUUAAGGUAAGUAAGUUUACCUGGAGAAGAAGGUGUGUGGAGAGUACUUAUGUGGCUAAAAGGUUAGAUCGUGUUCUCUGUAAUGCUCCUGCGAGACUGAAAUGGCAGGAUGCAUCAGUUUCGCAUCUCCCUUUCCUUGCCUUGGACCAUGCUCUGUUGUUCCUUCAGUUGAGCCCUGAGGUAGAGGUGGAUCCGAGAAGAUGACCUUUUCGUUUCGAGGCAGCUUGGCUGCAACACGAAAGUUUCAAGGAGAUGUUGAGGAACUCAUGGGACACUCAAGUUACCACUCCGCAAGCAUUAUUUCGACUGCAGAAAAAGCUUAAAUCUUGGAACAAAGAGGUAUUUGGGGAUGUCCAAAAGCGUAAGGAAGAGUUGGUGAGAGAGAUCCAACAGGUUCAAGAUUUGUUGGACAUUCAAAAAAACGGAUGCCUUAUUACAACAAGAGGUAGAACUCACUAAGUAGUUUGAUGUGGUCCUUGAGCAGGAGGAAACCAUUUGGUUUCAAAAGUCUUGUGAAAAAUGGAUAGUCCUGGGAGAUCGGAAUACUACCUUUUUCAUACCUCAACAAUAAUUCGGAGAAGGAGGAAUCGCAUUGAGAUGUUGAAGAAUGCAGAGCGACGCUGGGUUACGGAUGCUAAAGCACUUGAACAGCUGACACUGGAUUGUUACAAAAGGUUAUAUUCAAUGGAUGAUGUUGACCUGAUUGUUGAUCAGUUGCCACAGGAGGGUUUUGUGCGUUUGUAUCGUGAGGAAGUGAGAGUACUGGAGAAGUAUUUCAUUGAGCAGGAGGUGGAGGGUGCUAUUAACAGUAUGGGUAAAUUUAAAGCACCUGGUCCGGAUGGUUUCCAACCGGUGUUUUACCAACAGUGUUGGGAGACGGUUGGAAGCUCAGUGAAGAAAGUGUGUACUCGACUUUUUUGAAACUGGACAUUUACCAGAAGGAUUUAAUGAUGCACUUGUUGUUUUGAAUCCCAAUGUUGGAAAUCUGGAGAGGAUAAUACAGUUUCGACCAAUAAGUCUAUAUAAUGUGCUCUUCAAGGUCAUCAUGAAAGUCAUGGUGCUACGUUUGAAGCAGGUAAUGCCUAAGUUAAUUGGCCUGGCUCAAUUCAGCUUUAUCCCAGGGCGGUUAAGCAUCGAUAAUAUUGUAGUGGUACAGGAGGUGGUGCACUCGAUGCAUCGUAAAAAGUGUCGUAAAGGGUGGAUGUUGCUGAAGCUAGAUUUAGAGAAGGCCAAUGACAGGAUCCGAUGAGAUUUCCUGGCAGAUACACUCAAGGAAGCAAGGUUUUCAGAUAGAUGGGUGGAUUGGAUUAUGUCCUGUGUCACUGGUCCGUCAAUGAGUCUUCUGUGGAAUGGUGAGAAAUCUGAUUCGUUUAAACCGUUGAGGGGACUGCAACAUGGGGACCCCUUGUCACCAUAUCUGUUCAUGCUCUGUCCUGAUAGAUUGUGUCACCUGAUUGACGGUCUAUUAAUGCGGGGGAGUGGAAGCCUAUCACGUUGUCUCACAUUUGCUUUGAUGAUGACUUGAUCUUGUUUGCUGAAGCAUCUGUGGCACAAAUACGCGUGAUAAGGAGAGUGUUAGAGAGAUUUUGUAUGGCUCAAGGCCAGAAGGUCAUCUUGGAGAAGUUGAAGAUCUACUUUUCAGGUAAUGUGAGUUGAGAUUUGGAGAAACUGAUAAGUGAUGAGAGUGGCAUCAAAGCAACAAAGGAUCUGGGCAAGUAUCUUGGAAUGCCAUUCCUACAAAAACGGAUUAAUAAAGAAACGUUUGGUGAGAUUCUCGAGAGAGUUUCAUCGAAGCUACAGGCUGGAGAAACCAAUGUUUGAGUUUUGCAGGCAGAUUGACAUUGACGAGAGCUGUUAUGUAAUCGAUUCCGGUUCAUACCAUGAGUACCAUAUCCUUACCAAAGUCGAUCAUGGACAGCUUAGAUAAAGUGUCAAGAACUUUUUUGUGGGGUAGUACGGAGUUAAGAAGCGUCAACAUCUCGUCUGUUGGGAUCGUGUUUGUCGUCCUAAGAGUGAGGGUGGGUUGGGGAUACGGUCCUCGCAGAAUAUGAAUAAAGCACUCCUCGCAAAGUUGGGUUUGGCGUAUGUUACAUGAUCACUUUAGUCUCUGGACUAAAGUGCUACGGGAUAAAUACUAGGUGAAGGAUAUUUGUGAUUGUACAUGGCUGGUGCCUAAGGGUACUUGGUCCUCAACGCGGAGAAGUGUGACUACCAGUCUCGGAGAGGUGGUUGUACCGAAUGUCAGGUGGGUCGUCGGAGAUGGCAGGAAUGUCAGGUUCUGGGCUGAUAUGUGGGUAUUCAGAUGUAUCCCUUUUGUCAGUGAGUGAAGUGAAUCUUCCUUUGGGGGCAGAGCUCAUCCCAGUUUGUGAUGUAUGGCAUAUUUGCAGGGGUUGGCGAUGGGACCAAAUUGAACCGUAUGUCUCUGCAGAGAGGGUUUUAUAGCUGAGCUCAGUGGUUAUUGAUAAUGUGACAGGUGCAGGGGAUCAUCUAUCAUGGGGAGGUCAGUAUGAUGGGAAGUUUUCGGUCAAGUCUGCAUAUUCCUUGUUGACAUGAGAGAGCAGUCCUCGACCAGAUCUUAGUAGCCUAUUUUCACGAGUUUGGAGGGUGCGUGUACCGGAACGAGUCCGGAUUUUCUUAUGGUUAGGCAUGAACCAGGUACUUAUGACGAAUACAAAAGGCAAAGACGACACUUAUGUGGUUCCGGGAUUUUUCCAACUUCGAUGGUAGGUUUGCUACGUCCCUACAGAUCACCACAUAAAAUAUGUCCUUGUGUUUUGUCCUCACUCGCAUAGUUCCGAUAAUCACUUUCUGGAAGGUCACCCAUCAUGAAACUACUUCAGUAUAAGCAUGCUUAACUCUUGAGUUUUCUCAAGACCCUUGACAAGAAAAGAUAACGUAGGUGGCCAAAUCAAUUCUUACAAAACUCUCUGCAAACCGGGGUGUCACACCAAAUUCCACACUUUAAUGUCCAAUAUUUCCGUAGUAUAUAUAUAUAUAUGUAUAUAUAUAUUAGAAAAUGAGGCAUAUAUAUUAUGUAUUAUUUUUCUGUUAUAUUUGUUUUUUGUUAGACUACUAUUUAUUGAAUAGUACAUGAUGUUAUACAUUUAAUAUUACGACACAAAAAGUGUACUAUGUUUUUAUAA